AUGUGUCCUUCGUCGAGUAGUGCAAAAGGCUCCAAAGGCGCCAUGCAUUGGUUUCGUAAAGGAUUGCGAAUACACGACAAUCCGGCAUUGGUGGCUUGCCUGGAACAGUCGCCUCAAAGAGUUUAUCCCGUGUUUGUUUUGGAUGGCAACUCGUAUCAGCUGCUUCGUUGCACUGCUUUGAGGGCCAAUUUCCUGGUAGAAACUCUUCAAGAUUUGGAUGAAAACCUUCGAGCCCUGGGAUCCAGGUUGUAUGUUCUCAAGGGAGAUCCUACAAAGGCCCUCCCAAAAUUCUGGAAGGAAUUCAAUAUCACCCACAUGAGUUUCGAAGAAGAUGAAUCUGGAGAGCCUUACGCAGCGGAACGGGACGAGAAAAUCAUAGAAAAGGCACAAAAAGCCAAUGUUCGUCUCUUUUCCCAAUGCACCGAAACAAUGUAUCCUCUCAAGGACUAUGUGACCAAGGCGGGGGCUAAAGGUGUACCUGCCACCAUGACGGGAUUCCAAAAACUAUUUAAAAGCAUGAAACCAAUGUCCAAGGUGCUACCUGCACCUGAAAAGGAAGAUUUCCCCGAUAUGGACGAGGACGAUUUGCUGGCAGCACAAUAUUUACCUCCCAAAAGGCCCACAGACCUUCCGUGGCCUCGUGGAAUUCCAAAGUCAGAAGUAGAACCAUUGUGGGGACCCAAAGACUGUAAGAAUCUGACACCUAUAGUUCACGGAGGGGAAACCCUGGCCCGCAAGGCCCUGACAGAGUCCUUGAAGCGUUCCAAUUGGGUUGCUACCUUUGAAAAACCCAAGACCAGCUGCACAUCCCUGGCACCUUCUACAACAGCCCUAAGUCCGUACCUGUCCUGGGGUUGCUUGUCCCCGAGAGAAGUUUGGUUUGCCCUCGACGAAGCUGUGUCUCGAGCAUCGUCUAAUGUGAAACCAUCCAAACCACCGGUGAGCCUCCACGGACAAAUGCUUUGGAGAGACUUCAACAAUCUCAUGGCCCAUGAUGCCAACAAAGAGGUUCCAGGAUGCUGGAACAAAAUGGAGGGGAACAAAUACUGCCGCCAAAUCCCAUGGGACGAUGAUCCUCGUCUCUUGGAAGCAUGGAAAACUGGCAAAACUGGGUUUCCGUGGAUUGAUGCAGCUAUGCGACAAUUGACACAAGAGGGAUGGAUUCAUCAUCUCGGAAGGCAUGCCGUCGCCUGCUUUUUGACGAGAGGAGAUUUGUGGCAAUCGUGGGAGGAAGGCGCAAAGCACUUUGAAGCGGAGCUACUGGACGCAGACUAUGCUUUGAAUGGCUUUAAUUGGCUAUGGCUAUCGUGUAGUGGGUUCUUCUUUCAGUACUUCCGAUGCUACUCUCCCAUUGUUUUCCAGAAAAAGAAUGAUCCCAAUGGCCAAUACAUUCGCAAGUUCGUUCCAGAGCUCAAGGAUCUUCCCAGCAAGUACAUCUAUGAGCCCUGGGAGGCGCCGGCAUCUGUCCUUCAGAAAGCAGGUGUCAAGCUGGGAAAAACAUAUCCUAGGCCUCUCGUGGACCAUGCCGUGAUCUCCAAGGAGAACAUGAACCGAAUGAAACAAGCCUAUGAUGCACACAAAGCCAGGGCACAGACUCAAGGCGGAGCCGCCAAAAAGAAGCAAAGGAAAUAA